AUGCAGCUCUUAAGGUUCCGCCACAGAUCCAAUAUCGUCGAAUGCGCUGAUUUGGCUGUCGCCGCCGGUCCCAAUAUUUACGUUUACCGAAAGUUGAAACCAUAUUUCAAAUUCAAAUUACCAGUCUCGGAACCGAACGAAGAGGAGCGGUCCGUUUGGGACAAAGCCAAGACGGGUGAAGUUUCAAUCCAUGAACUGUGGACCAAGUUGGAUCAGUUAAAGUAUGUUGGAUCACUGAUCUCCCGCUACUGUCUAACGGUAGCCACGUGUAUGCAAACACUGUAUCGACAACAGGCCAGUCCAGAUUCUGUCCAAUGCUUGGUUGUUGGGGCCGAGCAAAACUGUCUAUUUAUAAUCGACCCAACCACGUUCAUACUGCUUACCACGAUCACCACGCCGACCGUACCUGUGCACCUGAUAACCACCGGUUCGUAUGACAUACAGUUUCGCAUCCUAGUUGCGUGUCGAGAUGGAAUAGUGUAUCACGUGAAACGCGGCUCGGAUUCUGUUCAACGUCUAUUCAAUCCGAACUCUCAGAUUGUGGGUCUGGUUCGAGCAGACAAAACUAUCGUUGUCGGUUGCGUGGAUCAGACAGUCAAAGGAUACUCGUUGAAAGGUCAUCCAAUGUGGACUGUACGCCAUCCGGCACCAAUCGCUAGCCUGAUCCCUGUUACGCUGGUCUCGCAAAACCUGUUUGGUUAUGUUCUGUCGUUGACUGACGGCACACUGCGGUUGUACAAAGAUCAACAUGUCUGUGAUGAGAUUCUUACAUGGCCUCGACUUCCCAGACCGGGGGAAAAGGGUGCCGUUAUAAAGGAUGACGCCACACCUCCACCGUCACUCACUAACUGGAACCCGACAGAUCCGGAUCCAGUGGUGACUGGCGUGUUUGGUCGAUACGAUCGCGAAAUGGGUGCGUUGUCUUUGAUGACCAGGGAUGGCGUGCUCCUUCUGCUUUUGGUCAAACGCUCGGCACAUUUCACUCCAACUGGAGUCAUUCCAAUCCACACACAACAGGAACGCUGUCUGCUCGAGCCUCCGAAACGGACGACGGCUUUGACCCAGUCCGUACAACGCGAACUGUCCAAUUGUGUCACGAUCGCUCAACAGUAUUCCAAAGAUCUCUCAGUCAUGAAACAUCUCAUAGCCAAAACCUAUCUGGAAUUGCUUGAAACCCGUGUGGGACCGGUAUCGACGGAUCCAUCUCGGUGGCCGAUCACACUUCAUGCUCAAACAAAUGGACACGGCCCUCAAUUCCAUAUUGUCUUUGACCUGACAACCACAUCCUCCGCUUCCAAACCGCAGCUUAAUCUAUCACUUGUACAUCAGUUUGACGAUACGGUCUAUCGAAUGGACAAACCCGCAAUCCCGGUAAGCAAAUAUAAAUCAUUAAAUUUGGGAGUGAUUUGA